AUGUUAAUCACUCUGCCUCCUGUAGACAAAGAGGCCUCUAUUGACGAAGCAGUAGAAGAUAUUGAAUUACAAACAAGCCUCCCAUUCUCAACAGAAGAGGUUAAUACAUCAACACCGCUACAAACAUCUGUACCCCAAGAUACUGCCAAAGUUACUGUCGACUUGAAACGCGUUAGAAUACCUGAUAUACAAAGUGAAGAGAAUGAUUAUACCCUAGAUUCAGGAUCGAAAAAGCGCUUCCGACCGGCAGAGAACAUAUCUGCAGGAGCUACAGAGAAGACGACGCAUAGCAUACUAUACAGCAAGCAUUCAACCUUGAAAGAAUUCGCAUCACUAUGGCAGACCAAAAUCAUGCUUAUACGGAGUCUUCGAGCACCGAUUUAUAAAGAAAAAGAUCUCGUACAGUUACUUUUAAAAAUCCAUAAAACACACUCAAGGAUUCAAUGUCAUCAUUUGUCCUUAUACCUUAUACCCGUAGCAAAGGCUAUGCGCAAACAUUCAAUUGUCGAAAUAUUGAAUAAAUGGAUUUGUAACUGA